CAAAACCUAACUACAUCAUUCUCAUUCUUUCUAGAGUUUGUUUUCAAUUUUAUUUUGCUUUGAACUAUGGAGGAAAAGAAAAUAAGAAUGAGGGAAUUGACAGAGGAAGAUAUGGUGGGCAUUAAGUCGGAUAAAAACCGAUUUAUGAUUGAUUUUCUGAAGAAUGUUACGAAACGAGCUGCAGAAAUAUAUGACAAUGAAGCAUUGUCAGGUGAAAGUUACGCCAAGAAGGAAAAUAGAGAUGAAAAACCCAGUUCUUCGAAAAGAAUAAUGUUUCCACGGAAGGAGAACGGAGAAGAGGAGAACGAGAAGGAUGAAAAAUUCCGUGCUUGUAAGAAUAAAAUUCGGUUUUCAUUCGACGAAGAAAUAUCGUGGGAUGAAUUUCAGUUCAAGAAACCUACGAAUAGUAAAGAAGAGAGAUCGAGGAAGAAUAAGAAAUUGAAAAGCAUUGCACCAGAGGAAAUCGUUUAUAGUUUGGAAGAAGAUUUUGCUAGAAGGAAUAAUCUCGAUAACAGUACAGUUGACAUCCCAGAAACUUCUGGGGUGAAAAGUAGAAAAAAUAAUAAGUCCAAAAGACGUUGUAAUGGAGGAGAAGAAGAGGAAGUUCGGGUUGUGAAGAAAAGAAUUAACACCGGACCGGAUCCUCCCCCUCCACUACCUGAAGAAUUCAAGGAUGCAAUUCAAGAACUGGCCAAUGGAAGAAGUAUUUCACAGGAGAUAUUGGUGGUACAGAAGGGACUCUAUAAAUCUGAUACAGAACCUCAACAAAGCAGGCUUUCUAUUCCUCUAAAUUCAGUUGUAGGAGAGUUUCUCAAGGAUGAAGAGAAAGCCCAUCUUCUGAAACGCUUCAAUGGCAAGCUGGAGCACAUAUCUGUACCAAUUAUUGAUCCUUUGCUAAUAAGGGACAAAGUAGAUUUGAGGAGAUGGCCGAUGAAGAAAAGCAAUGGGAAGGAGAGCGUAUCCUACAUGCUGACUGGAAAUUGGAUAGAUAUGCUGAACAGGAACGACUUGAAAGUUGGGCACGUGGUGCAACUGUGGUCUGUCCGAAUCGAAGAAGAAUUGGUGUUCUGUCUGGUGAGGUUGCCUGGAAAUUAGAAGCAGCUAUUCUCUGGUUUAUUUUGUUUCAUACGUUUUAGAAAUUAUCACAGCAAUUAUUUGUUAAUAUGAUUAAUUGAUUCCUACAAUUUAUCAGAA